UUUAUCUGAAGCCCUUUGGUAACGGCUCCACCAGAUUCCUCUGCAACUCAUCCCUAACCUCCGAAUCUCCUUUUCUUUGUGUGGAACAAAAUUGAAUGCUUCCAUGGAGUUAUCGACGUGUUUAAAUCGCAGACUUAGAUUUCCCUCAUCGAACGGUUCAAAGAUCACGGCAUGUACGAGCUCGAAUACUCCUCCGAUCGGUAACGUCAGUUUCCGAUCCGCCGCCGCGAAACGCUGCUUAAGAUGCCGCACCGUUUACUCCGACCUCGAUAAUUCUCCUUCGGCAUGCGCCUUCCAUGGCCACAUCACUGGGGAGAGUGGGUUGUUUUCGUUGUCGCCGCCGCAUCAGGGGAUUGACGGCGAGUGGAGCGACGGCUCUGGUGUGAUCGUUUACAAGUGGAAUGAGAAGGGCAAUCGUCCGAACACUGGCGCCGGCAACUGGAAGAGACGGUGGAGCUGUUGCUCUGAGUAUGAUGAAGAUGCCCCUCCUUGUCGCCGGGGAUGGCAUGUUUCUUAUGACGAUGGUUUCACUUUGUUUUAGCUUUGAGCUUGGUCUCUUCCAACAAUGGCGUCCGUAAAUUGUAAUUUUUUUUUUAUUGAAAUAAAAUUAUUAAAUUUCUGGCA